UAUAUGAACAUCCCCAUCUCAUUAGAAAAGCAAUCAAACACUCCAAUUGAGAGAGAAAGGAAAAACAAAAUGUCUGUGAUCACCGAAGAAAUAAGAGCCGCCGCAUCAGAGAUGUACCGCGGGGACGAGAUCUGUCAGGAGAAAUCGAAAUUUCUCCUGACAGAAAUGGGGCUCCCGAACGGGCUCCUCCCGCUUCGGGACAUCGAAGAAGUCGGGUACAUCAAGGACACGGGGUUUGUGUGGCUGAUCCAGAAGAAGAAGUUCGACCACAAGUUCGAGAAGAUCGGGCGGCACGUGCAAUACGGGGCCGAGGUGACCGCCUACGUGGAGCAGAAGAAGAUCAAGAAGCUGACCGGCGUCAAGGCCAAGGAGAUGAUGAUCUGGCUCUCCAUCUGCGACAUCUACAUCGACGAUCCCCCCACCGGGAAGAUCACCUUCAAGAGCCCCACCGGCUUCUCCCGUUCCUUCCCUAUCGACGCCUUCGUUGUCCAAGACAAUAAGCCUCCCAUCAAGGACGCCGUUAACCUCGCCGCCAAGGCCGAUGCGGUUCAAGUCAAGGAGCUUUAAUUAGGCUCAUCUUCUCAUUAAUGUGUUACUAUCAUUUAUUUCAUCAAAGAGCUUUAUGUUGUUGUCUUUUGUUUUUCUUUUUUAAUUUGAUCCACCAGUGCUAAUCUCAUGUGUUUUAAAGGUUUAAGUGAGUUUUAAUCCUAAUAAUUUCUUUAUUUA